UUUUGUGAGGGACUGGUACUUAGUACAUGUGGUGCAUGUGAAAACGGCAGGACGCCAAACCGCUAGUGUGUGCUAAAGUUGCGAAACAUGGCGUCGGAAGGCGAUUUUGGCAAUAAGGAAAGCUAUACGGUUGCCACGACACCGAUGCUAGAUCAUGGAGAAAAUGAUGCUCAGAGACGGAAAUCUAAGAUGUCAAAGAAAGGCAAGAAGAAAGCUGAAUUGGCUGACUUAAAGAAGGAAAUAGAGCUUGAUUGGCAUACGAUACCUUUGGAGGAGUGUUACAGGCGGCUGGGAACAAACCCUGAUUCGGGUUUAACUUCCUCUAAAGCUGCAGAAGUAUUAGAAAGAGAUGGACCAAAUGCUCUUAGUCCGCCUAAGACUACACCCGAAUGGGUGAAAUUCUGUAAACAACUCUUUGGAGGAUUUUCACUACUUCUAUGGAUUGGAUCCAUACUGUGCUUCUUUUCUUACACUCUUGAAGCCACUCAAAAGGAAGAACCAGCUAAUGAUAAUUUAUAUUUGGGGAUCGUGUUAGCUACCGUCGUUAUAAUCACCGGAUGUUUCUCAUAUUACCAGGAAUCUAAAAGCUCUCGUAUUAUGGAAAGUUUCAAAAAGAUGAUACCCCAGGAAGCUAUUGCGUUAAGAGAUGGUCAGAAGAGGCCGAUGAAUGCUGAAGAACUUGUCGUUGGUGAUAUAGUUUUUGUGAAGUUUGGAGAUCGACUACCAGCAGAUAUAAGGGUCAUUGAAGCAAAAGGUUUUAAGGUUGAUAACUCGUCCUUAACAGGAGAGUCCGAACCUCAAGUCCGUGGACCAGAUUGCAGUAAUGAAAAUCCUCUGGAGACGAAAAACCUUGCGUUCUUCUCCACAAACGCUGUGGAAGGAACGUGUACUGGUGUCGUCGUUUGCACUGGUGAUUUGACUGUUAUGGGACGUAUUGCAAACUUGGCAAGUGGACUGGGCUCCGGAAAAACUCCGAUUGCCAAAGAAAUUGAACAUUUUAUUCAUAUUAUCACCUCCGUGGCUGUAUUUUUGGGCGUGUCCUUUUUUAUCAUUUCUUUAAUUUUGGGCUAUACCUGGUUAGAGGCUGUCGUGUUUUUGAUCGGUAUUAUUGUCGCUAAUGUGCCUGAGGGUCUUUUGGCAACAGUAACGGUAUGUCUCACAUUAACUGCCAAACGAAUGGCUUCGAAGAAUUGUCUUGUUAAGAAUCUUGAAGCUGUUGAAACACUGGGAAGCACUUCAACAAUCUGUUCUGACAAGACUGGAACUCUGACACAAAAUCGUAUGACAGUUGCACACAUGUGGUUUGACGGUGUAAUUGUUGAUGCUGAUACUACUGAAGAUCAAUCAGGCAAGAAACAUGACAAGAUGCAAUCAACAACGUGGCCACAUCUUGCGAGAAUAGCAGCAUUGUGUAAUCGCGCUGAAUUCAAACCUGACCAAGGCCAAAUUCCAAUCCUAAAGAGAGAGACUACCGGUGAUGCCUCGGAGUCUGCAUUGCUGAAAUGUAUCGAGCUUUCUAUUGGUAGCGUUGAACAAAUGCGUAAAAAGAAUCCCAAACUUGCAGAAAUUCCUUUCAAUUCCACCAACAAAUACCAAGUUUCUAUUCACGAAAUCACCGAUGAUCCCAGAUAUCUCCUGGUCAUGAAAGGCGCGCCUGAGAGAAUUCUUGAUCGUUGUUCAACAAUCCUGAUGGACGAUAAGGAGUUGCCACUUAAUGAUGACCUGAAAAAUUCCUUCCAACAAGCAUAUAUGGAUCUUGGUGGUCUUGGAGAACGUGUAUUGGGAUUUUGUCAUUAUUUCUUACCGGAAGAUAAAUAUCCGAAAGGUUUCCAAUUUGUGGCCGAGGAUGAACCAAAUUUCCCGUUAACUGAUCUAUGCUUUGUUGGUUUAAUGUCCAUGAUUGAUCCACCACGAGCUGCUGUUCCUGACGCUGUGAACAAAUGUCGUAGUGCUGGAAUUAAUGUUGUUAUGGUUACUGGUGAUCAUCCUAUCACUGCUAAAGCAAUUGCCCGUCAAGUUGGCAUCAUUUCUGAAGGCUCUGAAACUGCUGAAGAUAUCGCAGCUCGUAUGAACAUCCCGGAAGAUGAGGUUACAGAAGCUACCGCUGCUGUGGUUCAUGGCUCGAAACUCAAGGACAUGGACGGGAACGAUCUUGAUCGACUGAUCUCAAAACAUGCUGAAGUUGUAUUUGCCCGAACAUCUCCACAACAAAAAUUGGUUAUUGUCGAAGCCUUUCAACGUCAAGGGCAAAUUGUUGCCGUAACUGGUGAUGGUGUGAAUGAUUCCCCUGCAUUGAAAAAGGCUGAUAUCGGUGUUGCUAUGGGUAUCGCUGGAUCUGAUGUGUCCAAACAAGCUGCAGAUAUGAUUCUUCUGGAUGAUAAUUUUGCAUCGAUUGUUACUGGUGUUGAAGAAGGUCGUUUGAUCUUUGAUAACUUGAAGAAAUCUAUUGCGUAUACAUUGACCAGUAAUAUUCCCGAGAUAUCUCCGUUCUUGUUCUACAUCAUCGCCAACGUACCGCUGCCUCUUGGUGUUGUUACCAUCCUUUGCAUCGAUUUGGGAACUGACAUGGUUCCUGCUAUCUCACUUGCUUAUGAAAAAGCCGAGAACGACAUCAUGAAGAGAUUACCCCGAGACCCUCAACACGACAGACUCGUGAAUCAACGGUUAAUCGCUAUGGCGUAUGGGCAAAUCGGAAUGAUUCAGGCUUGUGCUGGGUUCUUUGCAUAUUUUGUGAUCAUGGCAGAAAAUGGCUUUCUUCCAUCACGUUUGUUUGGUUUAAGAAGUGAAUGGGACGACAAAGAUGAAUACACCCUAAAGGACAGUUACGGUCAAGAAUGGGGCUACCAACAACGGAAAGAACUGGAAUUCACAUGUCACACAGCCUUUUUUGUUAGCAUUGUUAUCGUGCAAUGGGCUGAUCUAAUUAUCUGUAAAACAAGACGUUUGUCUUUGUUCCAGCAGGGCAUGAAGAAUCAUAUGCUUACAUUUGGGAUUUUCUUCGAAACUACCUUGGCAGCUUUUCUUUCAUAUACCCCAGGCAUGGACAAAGGUCUGCGUAUGUACCCAUUGCGGUUUACGUGGUGGUUGCUGGCAAUACCUUUUAGUAUUGCUAUCUUUGUUUACGACGAGUGUAGAAAAACAAUUCUACGUAGACAUAAAGGCUGUUGGCUCGACCAAGAGACCUAUUAUUAAGAAACAAUGUGUAUCUUUAGAAAUGAUUUUCUGUAAUGUUGUAAAAGGUUUUAGUUUUUGCUUUGACAAGUUUUUGCGCCCGACAAUAAGUCAUCCUUGAUUUUUCAAUGGAUAAUAUUGUAUUAAUUAAUUUGCGCCCCUUGAUUUAAUUAUCUUAGUAUGCAGAGUGAUCAAUCAAUGAAGGAAAUUUUCAGAAUAUCUUGUCAAAAUAGGCGAGGAUUGCCAGUGAUUUGCAUCCCUUUAAUCAAAUGACACGAUUAGAAAAUAUUCAAAUUAUAUUAGGGCAAAAGCAACGUGAUGCAAUCGCUGUAUCGUCGCUAAAGUCAUUUAUUAUGACUAUAUUUAUUUAUACCCUAGUCUUAGGCGAAAAACUUUAUCGAUAUUUUUAACUAUAUUCUUACUUCAACUUCUAUAUGUUGACUUGAUUUCUAAAAGUUGAUUAAACAUUUUAAUGUUUACUCGAAAAUAUUUACCAAUAAAAGCUUGGAAGACUUCCCACUUUUGUCUGAUGUUUUGUUGCUGAGUUUUGUAAAAUUACCCAGUAAAUUUACCGACCACGAG